UGUCAGAAAGGUGCAGCGACAGGACAUGGGGAUGAUGGGGGUGGGCCUUAUCGCAGUGACAGCAUGAAGAGCAUGAUGACGGAGGGAGCAAAGGCUGGGAGAUGGCAGACUGUCCAGGGCCACGUGCAGUCUGGAGGAUUCAGACCCAGCAAGUGAGUUAAGAACUGGGGAGAGAGCAAGUCAUUUGCACAGUUUUCAAAUCAGCAGCAGCUAUGUUUAGAUCCAUUCUGACUAAGCAAGGGAAAUUCUCCAGGGCGGGAGGUAGGGCUCAAUGUCAAGGUGAUCAAGGUGCCAUCCCAUAGGAGCUCGAGCUGACACCACACUGACUCAUGCCUUCAGCUCAACUGCACAAUGGAACCCAACUGGCAUGCGACUACACAGAAAUAAUGUAACUACACCACAAUGGCUGAAAUAAUGUGCCAUCCUUCAAGCAGCAAGCUUGUGGACUGCGUGAUCUCUCUCCCGUUAUGUAUGACAUCAUCGGGAGUCUAUAUUCAGCGAGUAUGAGGCUGUUAAUUUUCAGUUGGAUGUGAUUUUUGCACCUUCCUUUGGCACCUUGUGAUUUUCUUCCUCCACAACACAUUCACUCUCAUCACUCCACCCCAACCCCCCCUCCUCAUCUUUCCUUUUUACCCCUUCUCUGUAAUUGGUUUCUAUUUUCGGGCAGCCAUAAGAGUCUGUGUCUCUUGUGUUUGUGUCUCGCACCCCAUUUUCCGACUCUCCUCCAUCAUCAACCUCUCCCGGUAUCCUCUCCAUCUUUCUGUCUCGGUGUACAACCACUCCUCCAAGUCUCUAAAUCUUGUGUUUCAUUUCGGCACAACCUGACAUUACCCCUUUUAUCUUUUAUGUCUAGGCAUUAAAUAUGAUUAACGACACACUGAAGGCCAAAAUUGCAAAAUAACGCUGGGUGAAGUAAUGCAAAGCGGAGUAAAAUUAUGUCAAUAGCUCUCUCAUGACCUACUUCUGGUCUGGGUUAUGUAGUCAGCUGAGAUCGGAGGAUAUACUUAGUUGGCUGCAAAAAUGUGUGUUUUUAACAAACAUUGCUAGGGACAGUGGUACUUACAGUGUACAUACGUACAUACGUAAGUAAGUUAUCAUGAUGAACGCGUCACAUAGCUUUAUGUGUACUUAGUAAGAGAAGCAGUGUAGCAAUAAAGAGAAUCUUAAAAGGGGAGUGGAAAAUGAGAACUUGACAGAGGGAGGGAGACAUACUGUAGGCCUUGGUUGGCUAAUGGAUGUCUCUAGAGAUGUAGCAUGUGUUUAAAAGACCCAAAAAGACUCGGAGAGAAAGGAUGACAGGCUGUCAGAGAUUAACAUUUUUGGUCAGUGGAGGAAAUGGGGAUCUCUCAUCAGAGCAAAAAAACCUCACCAGGAAGGCAUGGAAGCUGCAAAGCCAUCAGCCAAACGCAACCGUGCCGCCCAGCGCCUGUUCGGACUGCGCAUAUCCGACCGCUGCCACCUCGAAACACUCCUCCACGCAGACAGCACGCUCACACUGCGCAGACACGCAAGGUGCACUGGCACGUGACGCAGGCGCGCAGGGCGAGCACACAGAUGGCGCAUGGUUGGCCGACGCUGGCGUACGAGCAGCAGGCGUCACAGGGAGCUCACUCGAGCUGCACCUUCUACUGCUAUUUCUGCUACGGUUGUUACUGCUGCUGCCUUACAUUACUCUCCUUCUCUCUCCUCUUCCUCCUGUCUCCAAUUCCCCACGCUCCGCCCUCUGACUCCUUCUCUACUUUGUCCUCAUCCACCACCUGUCCUCCUACUUCCUCUUCCGCCUCGCCAACAUUAACUUCCUGUGUGGAUGAACUUUCAAUCCAUCCUGAUGUCAACCUGACUGCUUCUGUCUUGUCUCCCUCCUGCCCUCUGUCACCUUGCCUCACCUCUGAUGGUUCUGUUGCCUUCCUCUACACCUCCUCUCCUACUUCCUCCUUAUCUCUCCAUCAUCCUGUUUUCUGCUGGCCAUGGCCACCUUCUCGUUUUCUUUCUUCCCUGCUCCUCUGCCCUCCCAGCUUUGGGGAUCCAGUCUUAUCCUACACUUCCACUCUGGAGCACAUCCCCACCGGCCCUGCCCGCCCACGGACGUUGCUACGCCAACAGAGUCUCCAGCAGCCCCUCAUCCACCCGCCGGGCUCUGGUUUUGGCCAUCCUCCGACCACAUCCCAGAGUUUGGGACAAUUACACACAGCACCUGGACAGCCCGUGGGAGGUGGGGCUGCUGGGAGAGCAGAUGGAGGUGGUGAUGGCGGUGGUGAGGGUGGGGGUGCAGGUAAAAGAGCUAUUCCACGGGCCACACGGGGCAGCCCCGCAGGAGCGGGUGCCUCUCGCUAUAGGGGAGGUGGCGCGGGAGGCCGCUCACGUGGCAAUCCUGGCAGCUGGGAUUACAUGAUGGACCAGAUCCGGAAUCGUGGCCUGGAUGUCAAAUCCUUCCUUGAAGGAAAGCUGGUGGUCCUGUCUUUGGCCAUCGGUGUGGCCGAGCAAGACGACUUUGCCAAUAUCCCUGACCUGCAAGAAACAGCGCAGGCAGCCCCAGCAGCCAGUCAAGAGCCCCCCCUCGAGAAGAGGGGCAACAAGCCAGCCAACAGCCCCAAAGGCCAACCCCCUGAUGCUGACGGCCACUCCUCUGUUGCUGACCUGGCCAACUCUCUAACAGGAGACAUGGUGAUGUUGUCUCCAGGUUCGGAGGAUGAUGACGGAGAGGGGCCUAUCAGUGAGAAGCUGGGCCGGAUCCAGUUCAGCAUAGGCUACAGCUUCCAGAACACAACCCUUACGGUCAAAGUUCUCAGGGGCCAGGACCUACCAGCCAAGGACUUCUCCGGUACCUCGGAUCCCUUUGUCAAAAUCUACCUGCUGCCUGAUAAGAAGCACAAACUGGAGACCAAGGUCAAAAGGAAGAACCUCAAUCCCCACUGGAAUGAAACCUUCCUGUUUGAGGGUUUCCCCUAUGAGAAGGUGAGAGAGCGCACACUUUACCUUCAGGUGUUGGACUAUGACCGCUUCAGCAGGAAUGACCCUAUUGGCGAGGUCUCAAUCCCCCUUAAUAAGGUGGAAUUGGGCCAGAUAAAGACCUUCUGGAAGGAGCUCAAGCCCUGCAGUGAUGGCAGUGGGAGACGAGGGGACUUGCUGGUGUCUCUAUGCUAUAAUCCCACUGCCAACACCAUCACUGUGAACAUCAUCAAAGCUCGUAAUCUCAAAGCCAUGGAUAUCGGGGGUACCUCAGACCCCUACGUGAAGGUGUGGCUCAUGCACAAAGACAGACGUGUAGAGAAGAAAAAGACGGUGACGAUGAAGCGCUGUCUCAAUCCCGUCUUCAACGAGUCCUUCCCCUUCGAUGUACCCGCCCAUGUGCUGAGGGAGACUACCAUCAUCAUCACUGUCAUGGACAAGGACAGACUCAGCCGCAAUGAUGUUAUCGGCAAGAUUUACCUGUCGUGGAAGAGUGGACCAGCGGAGGUGAAGCACUGGAAAGACAUGCUUGCUCGGCCGCGCACCAAUGUGGCCCAGUGGCACGCUCUCAAGGCCUGAUGGCACCGCCUACCUUCCUUCAUGGCCCCUUCUUUCCACGCCCUCCCUCUCCCUUCCAAUCCCGUCCUUAUGCACAAGACUGACUUGCUGCCAGGCUGCGAAACACGGGUACAAUUAGCCAUCUGCUCUCGUAAACCUUUAAACCCUUUUUUUUUCUUGUCCCCGCCAGCUCAUCUUGUUCCUCUUCUCAUACGUUCCUGUCUCCAUUUCUGUGUCUCGCCACUCCUCUCUUGUUUAUGACUGCCCAUACGUCCCUAUGCACUUUGUGGGGGCUUGAUUCUUGUUUCUAUACGUGGACCCCUUGGACCUGAACUGCACUACAGCCUGACCCACUGAAGGUGCCAGUCCCGUGGAAUCACAGGGAAUAUUAAGUGACAUAUAAUCGUAGUGUAUAAUAAUUCCAGGUACACAAUACUACAGUAUGUACUAUAUGUACUAGUACAUAAACACAUUAAUAUAUUAGGCCUGUAGAUUGGCAGAACCCCCGAUACAAAUAGGCUGAACCCCUCCUAUACAUCUUAUCCAUAGCCUGCGUACUAUUUCCUCCACCACCUUUCUCUUCAUUUGUCUCCAGUGUGCUAUAUCUUCCAUUACGUUGCUCCUUCCUUUUACUUCAGUGUGGUUUAAUGUUUGGCUGAAGUCGUAGAAAGCAAUCAAUACUUGGUUUGUGGAGAAACCAGCUCAGCUCAAGAUACUGUUGAUGCUAGCGUCUCUUUCUCCUCUUUCCUCCUGUAGUCUCUCAUUUCCUCAUUAUUGUUCCCUCUUUCUCAUCCUCUGGCACAAUAUUGUAGUGGACCCGUCCUCCGACCCAACCAUUUCCGUUCCCCCAGCAACCUCACCCCCACCUCUCCCUCCACAUGUUGUCCGUGUGCUGUGGGUGCUGUGCUGUAGCUCCAACAAAAAUAGAGGUUAAAAGAUAUACUGUAUAUGUACUGAACUUUCUGAAGCUGGGAAAGCGGGAACACAACAAACUCAUGUGAUGGAACGCUCCUGAUUCUUCCAGACAAAUGGAAAGGGAUUGACACGGAGAGAGAAAAAAGAAGACGGAGGGGAAAAAAACAACUCUAAACCCAAGACGUUACGAUGAUGUCAUUUUUCACAACAACGGAGGGAACCGAUUUCAAAUCUUCUUGCAACAAAAGGCAACGCAGUUUGUGCUGUUUUGUGUGCAUGCGGUCCGUCAUGCGCGCUCACUUCUAAUUGUGUAUUGAGCCUAUGAAUUCUUAGUGCUGCCCUGUGCUCUUGUUUUGCCAUGUUGUGCUGAAGAUCUCAGAGAACCUCUCCAUCUUCCCAACCUGUUUUCUCUGUGGCGCAUCUAAUGUGUGUCUGCCGGUGCAAGCGUGUUGUGUUUGUCAGUGUGUGUGUGUGAGAGAGAUGUGCAUACAGGAGCAACACAACUCUGACAAAGAAGUCUUCUUUUUUCUCUUUCUCUCUUCUUACUGCCAUCUUUUCCCCAUCCUCCACUACUGCCCUGCCUUCUUAACAAGGGCACGGGGAAGUUCUAUCUGCACUUUUUCGAACUGUAUUAACAAUAAUAACCUUAAGGAUGGUUUUGAUGAUGAUUAUCAUACUGGUGAAAAUGAAAGGAGAAAUGUAUGAAAGGGGAGAUUGGGGUGAGGCCUCCUCUGCUCUGUGACUUGAGGGUAUCGAGAUGAAGAAGAGGACACACAGAGGACGCAUGAAGGGCUCUCAUCUUCCUCUUUUUGUGCCUCUUGUUUUUUUUUUUCAGUGCAUGUUCACUGGCAUGUGUGUGGUUGAUUCCUGUUGGCAGACCACUGUAGUGAGGAAGGAGCCCUUGUGCUUGCUUUGCCUGUCACAUGGAGGCUUGCCAAGCCAGCAUUGUUAUGACACAAAGUGUAAAGCAUGAUCAGAGCUCCAACUAAGAGACUGACAGCUUCUAUAUGUUCUUCCUGAUGCUGCAAGCAUUCAGUAUGGAGUGGAUUUUAGCUUUGGUUCUGACCCAGGAUAACAGAAUUUGGUGUCUCUCCACAUAGCGCCGUGUUUCUCACUCCGUGGGUGUGAUUUUUGAAGUUGGACUGAUCUGUGACUGUGAGAUAUUGUACAAGCAGAUAAUCUUUUCCCCUGGUGCUGCAGACCAGUGAAGUGUUUUAGUGGCUGCUUUGUUUGUCAGCCACAGUCAGCUCAAAUUCUCUCACAGUAAAUAAAACAGCAUCACAUUGACAGCAUCACAGUUGUUUAGAGCCACUUGCUCAAAAGCGCUGCACUUACAAUUGCAGUAGUAAAAGUCCCCUGAGGCAUAGUCCUGUCAGCUGUUCGGUCUGACUGCAGAAACCGUUAUUUCAUUAUUAAUGAUGCUAGAGAUUUGUGACACAAAUAGAUCAGAAAUUCUGGUUCUGUCAAUUAGAUUUUUUUUAAGGUUAUGUUUGCCAACACUGCUUAAACCAUUUAGCUUUCAUGCUGUGCCACAACUGAAGUUGUGUGGGGAGCAUACUUUUAGUCAAUUUUAUUUGGAUUGUGUUAAAACUAUUGAGAUCUUGGCAGCUCGAAUUGGUUUAUUUUGUCUUCUUAUAAAAUGAAGGUUCAAUUUCUUAUGUUCACACACCAUUUUUCGAGGUAUGUUGAGUGGAAAGUUUACCUUGACAUGUUUUGACUGUCAUCUGCAGUCUUCAGAAGGGUCAACUGUGGUACUCAUCAACUGUAAUUCCUAGAUGUGGCCAACCAGGUUGACUGUACCUCCUGCCGCUUGCGUGUCUGGAGGAGAGAGUCCAAGGUGUACAUGUACAGUCGUCCCUGGCAAUAUCACGGUUUGAUUAUCACUAUAUUGCGUGUUUUCACAGAUUCAUUGAUUCAUAAAUGAUAGCUGUUUCGUAGUAGACUAUGGUCUAUUUUUAGUCAAAACAUAUUGAAAUAUAAGUCAUAUGUAGUGUUCUUGUCACUAGGUGGAAGUUAUGACACGAAACAUUGAGACAUUACCUUACAUUACAUUACAUUACCUUAGCACUGCACGAAGUCAUGAAUUCAGCCAUGGCAGAGUGAAAAAAUGUUAUCCUCCCACCCAGAGUGGAAGUGGUAACUUUUUGGCUUCUUAAGUUUAGAGGAAAUCAGUUCGAGGCUAACUGGCAGCCCUCUCGAGCCCCUGCAGCAUAAGAAUUGCAAUGUGGUGUAAACAAUGAAUAAUAGGAGUGUAAAGGUGACUGUAUGGGUGUUAUUUCACUUUAAUAAGGUUAAUACCCGUAUUUACAAAGUCAUAAAGAGGUUUUGCAUGCUCUAACUACGAAAAUAUUCAAUUUAUUAUUAACAUUAAAGCCUAUAUCGCAAAAAUGUAUUUAACUACAAUAUUAACUACAAUUAACGAGGGACGACUGUACAGUAUGCUCCCUCAUCUCGAUUCAUGGUGUUUUGAAAACACCAUGAAUGUUGACAGUCGAAUAAUUUUACAUAAUUCUGAGCUUUACUCAGUAAUUUCUAGUUUUUUCUUCAUUUGUUCCCCUGAAGACUGAAUUCAGUCAUUCUUUCUAUUUUUAUUUUGCACAUGCAUAUGCACACGUGCAUGAGGGAGAGAGGCUCAGAUCAUCCUAAUGCAAGUUGGCCUUCGUGAACCUAAGUUCAGGAUAACAUAAUCACCAGGAGAUGAGAUAUACAAACCUCAAUUUCAACCUUAUCUGCGCAAGAUUAAUGCUCAAGUGUGACUCUCAGCUGGUAUGGAAUCACACUGCGGGCUGUUAGUGUCCUCAUGGACUGAGGGAACACAUAGUUUGAUGAGGCGCUCGCCAGGGAAAAAAAAAAAGACAACACAUUGUGCCCUCAUUAGUAACCAUGAAGAUGCUGUGAAAGGAUACAAUUGAGGGGAAUAGUCACAAAAUGAUUGCUCGUGAUUUCCUAAUGUGAGUGCGCAGGUGAUGAUGCUACUUCCUUUCAUCAUGAUUACAUGGUGCUCAAGGAGGGCCGUAUCAACUCACUUGACCCAGUAAACUGGCAGAGAUAUGGUGUUAUUCUUAGUAACACAAGGCAUGUGUUAUGCUGCUGGUGGAAGCAAGCUGAAGGCAGACAGGUUGCUAGGUGGCACGUUUAAAACAGCACACCACGGAGUGCUUUUGUUUUCCCAAAUGCAAAUGUGUGAUAUCAGCAGCCCGCCGUAUAACCUCUGUUUGAACUAAACUCCCCCUUGAGCCAAGACAGUUUAUGAUAAUGAUCUGCUAUGAUAUUUCCGUGAUUACAUCUAGCGUAAACCAGAUGAGCAGUCACGCUCAAGGUCAAAUAGUGAAUAAACAUUUAAAUAGGAUUGCUUUUUCAUCUGCACUUUCAUAUGAUUGUCCCAAAAAUUGCGUAACAAACACUGUCUCCUUGCCAGCAGCCUGAAAACAAACACCAAUACAACGAAGGCUAAGCUAAACAGAAUAAAAGAGAAAGAAGAGUUUUAUUUAACCACCACCUGUCUCAUGCCUCGUAACGGUGAGCUUUGUUGGCACCAAAACUGUCAGCAAUGACCUUCAACAAACACAGAGCUCAUGAAUAUUGCACAGCAACGUUGCAGAUGCUCACAUUUUUAUUGUUAUUUAUUUAUUUUUUGCAGCCUCUCAGUGCACAUGCACAUGCUCAGUUGUUUCCUUCAUCAUGACUCUGUUGCCAGGCGGAGGUGCAGGUGGUGGUGGUUAUUACGAUUGACUGACACAAGUCAACACUGGUCACCGCUGUGUUGGAGUGAAGGUAUUUUUCAGGUGUAUAAAUAACAUCAGUGCUCCUAAAUAGCAAGUAUUCCCUUUUCAACACUUUAUAACAGGACAAAGAUAAUUUAAAGACACCUCUUAAUUACUCUAUUUAUGGCUUUCACAAGAGCUCCUUAGUUUCCUCUGAAUCUUAAUUCUCCAUUUUCCCACAGAGAAAAUGUAACAAAAGAGUGCAAGGUACUUAUUUUCCUCUAUUUUACUCUCUGUAGAUGUAAUGGCUAAGUAUCCCAAUACCUGAGUCCACAGUUUUAUUGUUGGUUAGGUUUCACUUUGUUCCAAAUAAAAUAGAUUGCGAGUAAAUUGGAUAGGAAUUAUCAUGGUGCCAAAAAAGCGUGUUAAUUAUCCUUCCAGUGAAGCAGAAUUUGUAAAAUAGCAAUACAUCGAUAUAGACAACUAUAUCCUCCAAUUGGAUACUUCAUAUGAAUAUCAUACACAGCCGUCCCUCGCCACAUCGAAUCAUGGUUCUAUUAUGGUUUUUCAAACAUAUAUUAAUUAAUACAUCAUCGCUGUUUUGUGGUUGACUGGUAUUAUCAGUAAAAAAAUAUGCAUAUUCAAGCAAAAUGUAUGUACUUUUGGCCGGCAUUAAGCAUUUUCGAGCAUAAAAAUGGCUAACUGAAGUAAAAAAAAAACAAGGCAUUCACAAAAUAAUGUACAUUAAAAGACACCUUUUGAUAUGUAGUAUUCUACACUGGUCACUAGGUGUCAGUAAUGUUACAUUAUGUUACAUUAAUAAGACAAUAGCCACCACAGCAAGUGCUAGUAUCCCACAGCAACAAGGAACUCUCCCAAUUCUAACAUGUGAGUCUAUAUCAGGGGUCACCAACACAGUGCCUGCGGGCACCAGGUAGCCCCCCCAUGACCACAUGAGGUGCCCGCAAGCCUGCUUUUCAUUCAGGCUUUCAGUUAAUAAUGUGAGAACGCUAGAAAGAAAAGUAUUCUGAAACAUAAAAUGUGAGUUGUGGAUACCAGCAUUUUGUGAAUUUUUUGGUAAAACAAGCAUAUUUGAUCUGUUUGGGUUGAAAUAAGGUAUGAAAAUCAUUUCUACAAAAAUGAGUAGCUCGUGGCCAUUUUCAUUUUCUAAAAGUAGCUCUCACAAGGAAAAACGUUGGUGACCCCAAGUCUAUAUUAUGUCUUAUUUUCUAUUUUGGGUUAUAUGAGUGUACAGGUGACUACAUUGGGAUAAAUAUUUGAUUUAUAAAUAAGGAAUCCUAUUUCAAGGAAAUUCACUUAUCACAGUUGGUUCUGGAGCCAAUUAACCACGAAAUACCAGGGAUUACUGUACAGGCGCAUCUCAAUAAAUGAGAAUAUGAUGCAAAAUGUGUUUGAGGUCAGGAGUUAAAUUAAGACGAAGAGAGACCGAUUUAAAGGUUGACUUUAGUUUUUUAACUUUGAAAUGAACUUUUUGACCAUUUUUAACAUUUUAUGAGAUACUGGACUUGGGGUUUUUAUUAGCUGUAAACUAUAAUCAAAAUUAUUCAGAAAUAUAUUCUUGAAAUAUUUUACUGUCCGUGUUAUCUGUAGAAUAAGAGUUUUAUUCUCUGAAUUGAACUACUGAAAUAAAUUAGCUUUCAAAAAUAUUCAAAUUCAUUGAGAUUUGCCUGUACAUGAUGAUAUGCAUCGACUGUAAGGUCAGCAAUGUUUCUAUUGAUUUGAUUGAUUGUGUAAGAAAUGUACAUCUAUAUAGUGUUCACUUUUUUGUUACACUGGUAAACAAAUAAUGGAGGGGCCGGUUUAACUCUUCAUUGGCUGAGUAAGCAAGUUAUCCUUCCGAGCCAGACAAUAUUGUUUGUCCUUGUCAUACUGUGUCCUUCCUUAUUGUAUAAUGCAGGUUUUCCCUUGAUGGAUGAGGCGUCACUGACUCACUUCUUUGGAAAGGUGCCUGCUCUGCUGCAGUUGUGCAAUAUUAAAUUAAAGCUACGCUGUGCUGAACGUGUGUGGAUUGAAAUUAGGUUGUCGCGCUGUCAUUGGGGAAAUUGUAUUCUGCUGAAUCACAGUGUAAUGGCUGAAUCAGCCCAGUUGCUACUGGUUUGGGUGACCUUUGUCACUUUGUGAGCUUCACCUUGCACAGGCAGACGUUGCCUCCACCCCCAAACUCACCCUUGGACUUGUUUGAAGCAUUUGUUCAAAACCAGUGUGACUUCUCCCAAUCAGGGUUCAAGUAAGCAUUAUUUGAAUUGUAACGAAUAUGAAGAACAAUAAUGAAGAAUAUGUUUUUUUUUCUUUUGGUUGACAUUUGGUUGUUGGUCGGUAUGUGUGUGUGUGCUUUGGUGUUCUUGUGUUGGGUUUAUUUCUUUACAAACGUGAUAAGAAAAGCUUUCUGUUUUUGACAACUUUAUGUAAAUAUCAUUGGUGGAAAUUAACAUUUGUUGUGCAACAGGUUUUCCUUUGUCACUUGAAAUGAUGAAGAAAACGACAUUCAUGAUAACAGUGGUGAUGUUGACGAUGCUGAUUAUAACCGCCCUUCUUGAAUAAGGGCUUUUGAUGUCCAUUGUAUUUUGUCGGAGGGGUUGUGAGGUCAGAGCAGGAGGAUUAAAAAGGGAAGGAGCGCUAGCCAACACAUCCUGAGCCCACUGUAGCAACACUGCCACGCGGCUUUACUCCCCUCUUUCAUUCUUCAAGGAAAUAGUCUGUGGCACAAAUUGCACAGAAGCGUAUGUAUUUUCACGAGAAGCAUGAAAAAGGAGUCUGACCCCGUCUCUUUGGCGACGCCUCUGGCUGUCGUCUUAUGGGCUUUGGGAUUUACUGUAAUGCCAUUGUGUUCGACAGGAUUGACCCCACUCUGACAUAGAUGAUGCCACCAAAUUUUGGAACCAGGCAUUGUGCAGCUGAGGGGGAGGUGGGGCGCCUUGAAUCCGACUUCUACUAGACUGUUUGCUUGCAUGUGUUUCAGCCUCGUGUUCCACUCAUGAUAAAGCAUAAUAGGCUGCUGGGAGUACAUCACAAAUUGGCUCAUGUCUUGUUUGGUGACAUGUUGGUUAGUGCAUCUACAGCGAAAAAAAACUAGAAUUAGAGGAAAGCUCUAGAGCAUGGGUGUCCAAAGUGGGACCCGGGGACCAUUUGCGACCUGCAGCUGUUUUUUUAUUGGCCCACGGCACAUUCUAAAAAUGUAAUUUAACAGGAAAACUAAAAAAAAAAACAAAAAAAAACAGCAACAGCAAAAAUGGAAAAAUCAGCAGUAAUUUAACAAGAAUAAAGUCAAGAUAUUUAAAGAAAAUGUUUUUAAACUCACUAGAAAGUUAUAAAUUUAUAACAAUAAUGUUGUAAUAUUAUGAGGAAAAAGAACAUUGUUUUAGUAGCAUAAAGUUGAACUAUGAAAGAAAGAACUAGUUAUUUUUUUAAAAGUUGUAAUAUAUUGAGAAACAAACCAAAACAAUAAAAAGUUUUCAUUUCUGGAAAAUUGGUUUGCGGAAAGUUGUUACGGGAAUAAAGUCAAAAUAUUAUUAAAGAUUCAAGAGUUUUAUUGUCAUAUGCACAGUAAAAGAGGUAGUUAUACUUUGCAAUGAAAUUUAUGGCAAUAACGUCAUAAAUACAAGAAGAACAUUUACAAGAAUAAAGAUGAAAUAUUUGGAAAAUAAAAAAAAAAAUCAGAAAUUAAAAAAAAAAACAGGGAUGCUCCGAUGGAUCGGCCACCGAUUAGCAUCGGGCGAUUUACGUAAAAACGACACAUGAUCGCCAUAUGCCGAUAAAUGCUUCUGUCCUGGCUGCUCAGUACAAUACAGCAACAUCAAUAAUAGAAGAAGCCUUCCACAGUACACCUUUGUCACAUGUACCCAAAGGUUCAAUAGUUUCAUUUUUAAUGGUUGUGUCAUACAAUGGUUAACUGUUUUAUGCUUGAAUGACUUGAAAUUGUUCAAAUUUUCUUUGUUUUGUUUUUUUUCAUCUAUUUAAAAAUGUGGAAGUACAGCUCAGAAAGGCUUUAUGAUGGUGCCAGUUUUACACUGUAACGGAUUGUAUCCACAAAAAAAAAUCUAAAGGUAAAUAACCGGAAAGUGAAUUAGCAACCGGGAAUGGAUUGUUUUGGCCCUCCAAGGUUCCACUGUAUCCAAAAUAUGCCCUGUGCCUUUCUCACAGUCUGCACAGUCUGGCUGGUAGUUAUUUCCAUGCCUCCACUCCCUCUUCCAUUUCUCUAUGGCCUUAUAUUUACUGUAUGUCCAUGCUGGGCUGGUCUCACAUUUCAUUUAUUGUGGCCCCACCACAGAAACGCUACAGUUACUCCAGCAGCCUGCAGGAAGGACAGUGGAUACACUCCCCCCUUCAUUUGUAAUGCCAUCCCAUAGCCGGCAUCCCGAGGGGCUGUGCCCAACAGAAAACACUCAUUUAUCGAUGCUCUAAAAAUAAUCUUUUACUCCUAAUCCUCUGCCCGAGGAGUACUUAGCUCUCUCCCUGCCGGUUGAUGUGAUUUGUCUCGAGCAACUCCACGGCCAUCAUGUGUGCUCAGGUGGGGAAUUAGCAUGGGUAAUUUAUAAUUUACCAGCUAAAAAUAUCACUUAACCUGCGGACUCGUUUGGGAUCUUGGUGCUGGCCAGCACUCCUCAUCCUUCAGCUCCUCUCUGAACUCGCCAUAUUCUUACCUCUUCUGCAAAGACUGCUCUAACUUCAAACACACACAAUUGUGAUGUGUACAAUCUAAUUCCAUGUAUUUAUUUAUUUAUGUAUUUUUUUGCCAACUUUGUAAAGUGUAUAAAUAUAUAUAAAUAUAUGAAGAAGACAGUACUGUAUAGAUUUUAGCUGCCUGGUAAGGUUCCUAGUAUAUACUUGGUAGACUAAAAGAAGAAGCGUAGAGCUGUUCAAAAGCCAGUUACUGACAUUCUCUCUGUAACUCGGUGCCACUGGCGCUUUUUCUAUCCUAAGUUUUGGUUUUGCUUAUUUUUUUGAGUGUGUUGUUCUUCUUUUUGUCUGUUUGUUAGUUGGUUCUUUUCUUGUUCCUCCUUUUCUUGACAAGACACAGCAAGGUUCUGGCAGCCAGGAGAGUGCAGUGGAACGCAGACUGGAACCCAAUGCAUUAUUGUGUGUAUUAGGUGUGUGUCUGUCCACGCUAGUGCUAGUGCUCUCUGUGCAAUGCCCCUCCCUCCCUUUCUUUCUCUGGUGUCACGUGACACAGUGUGUGUUCAGGUACAGGAUGACUGUGUUGGCUGAAGCUGGCAGAUGCCCGCAUGACCACUCGGCUGCUUCAUUACAAAGCUUCGUUUUAAUCCUCCACCAAGUAUAGAUUUCCACUUCCUCCACUCGAUUGUUCAUUUGCUCUCCCAUUCAGACGGUAAUGCAUACACCUCCAGAGUCUAAUUUACCAGUAAUCCAUGCUCCCUCAUCUAUCUGGGAUUCUGUGUCCAUUAGCGCCUUUUAUUCUUCACCUUGUUAUUUUUUUUCCUGCAGAGCUCUGUGGACCAGACAGGGAUCAAGCACAUAAAAGAACAUGCAGCUAAGCACCUUCUCUCCAGGGCCACAUGCAUAAAAUCAUGUUUCCACAAGGUCAUCUUUAAUCUUUUAUGUCUUUUCAACCCAAAACCUGUGCAAAAACAUAACAUAUGCAGAACCAAAUGUUACCAGUUUACAAAAAGGGUACAUUUAUAGGGAAUUUAUAAAUGCAUUAUUUGAUGUACUGCAAUUUAAGGCACCCCAAAUAUUGAGCCCUGUUGUUUGUUGUCCACUUUUUGCACAAAUCUGAAGUUAACACAACAAAACGUCCUGAAACGUUAACAGUUAAACUAACGCAGCAGUAAAGGUCUGUUGCAAAAUUACCUAAUUUUUACCACUACAGCAUUCUGAAUACAGUCAUGCCUUGUUUAUCGCGGUUAAUUGGUUCCAGACCCGCACGCAAUUGAUUUAUUCCAAACUUAAGAAAGGGUUUCAAACAAAGUGGGGAAGAAGGAUAAAGAAAGUCAGUCAAAAACUUACCACUUCCACACAAAACAAGAGGAGAACAUCUUUUCACUUUAUCACGUCGGACAUUCCAUGGCUGACUCCAUGCCGUGUGAAGGUAAGGUAGGGGGUCAUUUAUUAAUUUUUUAAAAAAGCGAUAGGGUGAGGGAGCAAUGUUCGAACCGCGAUGUAGAGAGAGAUGACUGUAUUGCACAUAUCCAAUAUUUUCCGGACUAUAAGUCGCUCCCGAGUAUAAGUCGCAUCAGUCAAAAAAUGCGUCAUGAAGAGGAAAAAAACACAAGUCGCACUGCACUUGUGUUUAUUUAGGUCACAAAAUUCAAGACCGAGAAGUUCAACUACACGAUAGCACACAGAACAACAGGCUAAAUAGGUAAUGUAUUAGUUCAUGGAUUAGUAAUGCAAACCAAGAAUUUUAGACUACCGCUUGAUAUUAUAUUUCAACAUUCCAUACUUGAAGAUGUCCGCCCACGCUCUAAAAUGUCUUCCUUUACUAAUGCAUGCAAAUGUGUGUACAUAUACAUGUCAUUCAUAAGUGGCCAUGCUUUAGAAGUAGAAGGGCAGCCGUCAGCACAGCCAAGAUGAACUGAAAAGCAGCCAUAUUCAAAGGUCAAGCACAGAAGCUGCUUGUCACCUCAUUUGUAGCAAGAACAGCCUUAAAGAUUGGACCCACUCUCUAGUGGGGUACUUGUAGUGGAACCCAUUAUUACCCCUCCCUUUAUCCCAAUUUAAAUUUAGGACUAAGUGCUCUGAUGUGUUGCUCUGUACAUAUCUGUGUAGUGCUUCUGUUGAUGUCCCUGUGCUAGCGUAGCAUCGGGUUCUUACUGGGCAACCUCCACAGACGUCCUCCACCUCUUACUCUGUUCCACCUUCUCAGAUCUUCCAUGCAGGAAAACCUCAACCAUGAUUAGAACCCCUUUACAAACGCCACUCUGCUGCUCUAAACCUGCCGCCAUGCUGACCUCACCGAGGCUUCCUUAGGUGCUGAGGGGUGCAAAUGGGUGAGGGAAGCACAGCGUUAGAAGAGCCCAGUGAGAAAGCAGAGUGGUGGCUUGCUGUGUGUCCCUUCAUGGAUCAGCAGGAAAGAGUGAGGGCGUCUGAAGGUCACAACCCAGUAGCACUUUGGUUUAGCGUUCCAUGUUUUUUUUCAGCCUCUCCUGUUUUUUGGCCGAGCAGACUGUGAUCUUACUGGUUGUUGUCGUUCUCCUCAUCCCAUCAGUGUUACAGAGUGUGAUGGGCGGAUUGAGCCAUGGAGCUGAGCUCUGAUUUUGUUCCACAUUAAAGAAUCAUUUUUACUA